AUGCCGCAGCGCCAGCUUUUUGAUAUCGUGCAAGAGGAGGAGGCGGUGGAAGCAAACCCGCAGAAAACCAGUGAUCCAGAUGUGAUUCUUUGCAAUGCAGUAGAGAUGAUUCGUGAGCGUUUAAAUGUUUCUGAAGAUAGUAAGAAAGCAGAACACCAUGAGAAAGAAGAUGAGUAUGUUUAUGACAUCUACUAUAUGGAAACAUCGGCCCCUGGUUGGAUCCAAAAUAUCCUUUCUGUCCAGCCCUAUAAGGAGGAGUAUGAACUGGUAGAUGAUGAUCAUAUUCCAGAGGAAAUAUAUGAAGAUGAGGAUGAUGAAAACGAUGAAAAUAAUUGGCGUAAUGACUAUCCUGAUGAAGAUGAGUUCUUACCCGAGGAAGAUGGUGAUGGAGAAAAAGAGUCUGAAGAAAGCUUGAGUGAUGAGGAUCAAUAUUUAAGGAGAAGAACAUGGAACAAAUACCGUCAGGAGGUCCUACAAGAAUUUGGAUAUGAUGAUGUCCAUGAUUUGGAUUCUGACUGA